UAGAAUAUCAAAAUUUCAUUUGCUCUUAACACAUUUUCUUCUAAUCUUCUCUAGCAUCUGCAGAAAAAUGGCCCAAUAUUACAAUUUGUCCUCCAUCUUGCUGCUUGCAUUCAUCUACUUAAUGCAUGAUCACAUGAUAACUACUACAACUGCACAAUCUCCCAGUUUCUCAAAGCCCGCAACCCCUAGUUUCUCAAAGCCAUCGACCCCCAGUUUCUCCAUGCCCCAGAUUCCUAGUUUCUCAAAGCCACAAACCCCUAGUUUCUCAAAGCCAACGACCCCUAGUUUCUCCAUGCCUCAAAUUCCUAGUUUCUUAAAGCCGUCGACCCCUAGUUUCUCAAAGCCGGCAACCCCUAGUUUCUCCAUGCCCUCAACCCCUAGUUUCUCAAAGCCAGCGGCCCCUAGUUUCUCCAUGCCCCAGACUCCUAGUUUCUCAAAGCCGACGACCCCUAGUUUCUCCAUGCCCCAGACUCCUAGUUUCUCAAAGCCGUCGACCCCUAGUUUCUCCAUGCCCCAGACCCCCAGUUUCUCAAAGCCAUCGACGCCUAGUUUCUCAAAGCCAGUGACUCCUAGUUUCUCAAAGCCAUCGAAUCCUAGUUUCUCAAAGCCAUCGACACCUAGUUUCUCAAAACCAGCGACCCCUAGUUUCUCCAUGCCCCAGACUCCUAGUUUCUCAAAGCCAUCGACCCCUAGUUUCUCCAUGCCCCAGAUCCCGAGUUUUUCAAAGCCAUCGACACCUAGUUUCUCAAAGCCAUCGACCCCUAGUUUCUCCAUGCCCCAAAUUCCUAGUUUCUCAAAGCCCUCUACUCCUAGUUUCUCAAAGCCCCAGAUCCCAAGUGUGCAAAGAUCAGAAAUUCCAACACUGUCUAAAUCAACAUCGUCAUCUUCUCCAUGAGUAACUACGGUGUUGUUCAUGUGCCAUGAUUAUUGCUGGCUAACCGAAGGAUUAGAUCGCAUAUUGAUUCGACUCGCCGAUAUUUCAUGCGAAUAAAAUGGGUUGAAUGAUGGAUAAUAUGAAUAUAAUAUUUACAUAUAUUAUCUACUCAUAUAUUGUACAAGACUGAAAUUUUUCUAUCAAAUAAAGCCAGCCACUUUUCUUUUU